AUGAGCGCUUCGACUACAAACGAUCGAUUUCAUACCAUCAUUAUUCGUGGUGAUCUCCCAUCAGUCCAGAAACAGUAUCCCUCCAAUGAGUCGAGCGAUCUUCCACCAGAAGGAUAUUGGAUCAAUGCGUUGAUCGAUUACUUUAGUAAUGGAGAUAUAUGGAAAAGAAAUACUCAAUCAGAUCGAUUCAAGUUGCAACAUACGAUUUCUAAUGGGCCAUACACAAGUCUUGCUAACCGUCACGGGCUGUUCUCGGCUUUCCUGAACGCCUACAAUUCACAUGAAGACGUCGUACUCUCGCCUGACGAUUUUUGGCUGAUGAUUACAACUUAUUUUGCUAAAUAUGUCAAUGGCAAUGCAGAAAAAUUACGACACGUUUUUGUUGAUCACGAAGAUAAGAUCGAACUGACUAUCGAACAGAUCCUACCCAAACCUGACUGGAAUGCAUUUCUUGAAAGCAUGAGCAGCGAGAUAAGCAAACAUGUCAAGAACGACAUUGUCGAACUGUUAACAGCUAACUAUUCUACAACGGGCAGAGUCGAAUCCUUAUUGUAUUGUGCGACCAUCAUGAAUACCUUCAGACAGUAUUUUAAAUAUCGACUUCGUUGGACACUGUGUGGCAUUCGGAAGGUCCAUUUCUUGGGUACAUUGGAUGAUUGGUUACUUCUUCGACGAAAAACAGAAAAAUUACAGAGCUUUACAACACCUGACGAUGAUUUUCAUACGUAUAUCGACAGUGCCUUGCCUAUCCUUGAUCAGCUAAUAAAUACUUAUCAAAACAAAGUAGACAAUGAAUUCUGGGAUCAAAUCUUCAAUGUUGAACAUGAAGGAUCUGGAUCAGGAAGUUACACGAAGCUUACAGGUUGGUUUCUUCGACUCUGCUACGGACUUCAUACCAAAAGCGAUUGCAACAUCGAUGAAGUUGCAUUACACCCGAUUGUCACACCUGUCGAAUUUGAAAGUGUACCGACGAACGAGAAGAAGACAUGCUAUGUUGUAGGUGGUUUUCACGGUAUUGAGAGUCGUGAUGAGUGGCACAAACCUGUCAUGUCUUUGGCCAUCAUAGACGAUCUCUCCACGAUUAAGCCACUCAAGCCCUAA